AUGACUCACGAUCUCAUAUUGAAGAGUUUUCAAGCUACAGGCGUAUGGCCGAUGGACGCAAGCCGGGUCAACAACGCGAUUCUCCACGCCGAAAACGAGGAGCUACGGGCUGAACUCAACCUCAUUCGAAAGCGCCCGAUCAAGUCUACAACACUGACUACACGAGAAGGUGAUGAGUGGCACGGCGGAGCUGUAUUCUACAGUCCCAGGAAGCUUGCCAGCGAGCGCGCGCGCAAGGCCGCAGAACUGGACGAAGCCGCGGAGCUACAACUCCAAAAGGCUCGCGAUAGAGAGAUCAAAGCGGCAGAAGCAGCUGAGAAAAAGCGCUCUCAAGAAGCUGCAAAGUUGGCUCGACAGCAAGCCAAAAUUGCUAAGGAUGCGGAGGAGCAACGGCAGCCUGCAACCGCUCAAAAAAGUCGCGAUACAGCAAAUAAGCGUAAGCGAAAAGCCUCACCUAAGCUAGCAAAAAAAUCGACAAAGCGUCGUCGUGCUGUUGCUUCAUUAAGUCGGGUGGUUGAGAGUCCGCCUCGGGCGCCCUCCCCACCCAAAUUUGGCCUACACACCCGCCGACUCAAGACGCCAGCGAGAUACAAGUAG